UCUGCUGCCUCAUUCUGGCAAAGUUUAGUGGACAGAGGGGUUGGAUGAUCAUGGACUUCUGCCUUAAAAUUAUGGUAUUUUCACUUUUUUCCAUCUGCAAUGAGGCAUAUCAAAUAGAUACUCUGCCCACCAUUGAAAAUGAAGAUUUCAUCAAAAAGUGUGUUGACAGUCAUAACAAGUUUCGGUCACAAGUGACUCCCAAAGCCAGUAAUAUGAUGCGUGUGAGCUGGGAUACAGAUUUGGCCUUCAUGGCUAAAAACUGUGCAGAAGAGUGUGAGUUUGAACAUAACGCCGAACAGGAUCACGAAGAUAUGGCGCACCCUGCUUUUUUUUUAGUGGGAGAGAAUCUCUGGGUUGGCUCAAUUGGAGCAUUUUCUGAAAAUUCUGCCGUCGAGAUGUGGAAUGAUCAGGCAAAAAACUAUGACUUCCAGAAUAAGAAAUGUACUGGGGUAUGUAGUCAUUAUACUCAGCUGGUCUGGGCAGAUACUUAUAAGAUUGGCUGUGCAGUUCAGUAUUGCCCCAAAGCAGACCACUCUAUGCUUCCCGAUGCAAUAGUGUUUGUAUGUAACUAUGGACCAGGAGGCAAUAAUGAUGUGCAGCCCUACAAGGUGGGAGAACCCUGCAGUGAGUGUCAAGAAGAUACCUGUGUGGAUCAGCUGUGUACAAAUCCAAAGCGGGAGAGAGAGCCUCCAACUCCCCAUAAAGAGGAAGAUGGACAUCACAAGGAAGAUGUUGCACAUCUCAUUCCAGAUGAGGUUGCAAGUCACAAGCCAGAUGAAGAUGCUGCAAGUCACAAGCCAGGAGGAGUUGGUGCAAAUCACAAGCCAGAUACUGAAGAGACAACCAAAGGCACCCAGAAAGUUUCUCUUGUUUUAAUCUUGGUGCCAAUUUUUGCUGCACUGGCUAUCAUAUUGAUCAUUGUGAUAGUGAUAAAGCGUUAUUUCGCAAGGUAAAUCAUUUCUCAAUAAAUUUAAUCAA